CAGUCAGAAUAGGCAUUCAGCCGUUCAAAAUCAUCCUCAUUCCUCUAGUUUCGUACAAAGAACGAAGGAAUUUUAGACGAUAUUAAAAUUAGUAACCGAGACAACGAUAUCCAGACAUUGUUCUAAAACCUGUUGGUGAUCGAUCGGAAGAGCUUUUCAUAGGUUUCUUGCGUGAAGUUUACUUGCUUCCUUGAGCAUUAUUUUUCAAUAUAUAUUGGAUUCGGAAGGGCAAACGCUCAAACAUACAGAAGAAUUCUCCCGGGUAGGCAUAUAGAAAAUGUUUCCGGUUCAUUUCUGCAUUUUACUGGACUAUGUUGAGCACGCAAGCGCGUUUUGAAACCGGCAGUGAGGAUCCAGAUAUUAUUUUUCUUGGCCCUAUAUUGAAAUAUUGUCUUUCUUUAGUGGUAGCCCUAAAAAACCGGACAUCCGCAUACGGCUUGUUUCCCGUUGCUUCCCUGCUUAGUGCUCCCAAAAUGUCCCGUUUGCCCAAAAAAUCGUCCCGAUUGCUGUAGAGACAUGGUGACCUAAUUAGUGCUGGGUUUUUAAAAAUAUGUGCUUUUUGAUUAAUGCGGUAUAAGAAAAAUUACGAGCUGUAGUGAUUGUCUGAAACUCUAAUCAUGUUUUCCUGUUUGUGGCAGAUUUGGGAAUGGAUUGAUCCCAACAAAAUGGACAAAGUAAAAAAAUUUCAAGGAUUCGAAAAUGCGUCCGCAACAAAUCAGAACAUACCAAACAAUGACUCGAACUUGCAACAAAUUCAUCAGCAUAGUACGGCCCCCCACUAUUAUCCGAUGGUACACCAACAUCCCCAAAUGUACAACAACAGUCACCCUCACCCCAUUCAGUCGCCUCUGCUCCUAAACAUCAACAACCAGCAAGUGUUGCACACCACAGUGCAUAGACAUUUCCAGCAUUAUCCGCAAUAUGGAGUCAACAUUAACUCGAAUGAAUAUGUUCAUCAACACAUGCCCAGAUCUAACCCUCAGCCACCCUCACAGAUUAAUAACCCCCUACGGACACCACAACAGCACAUGGAGACUUCAAACAACAACACCAUCUCACAAGGUGGUUUUCCACCAGAAACACCAAAGCAGGAACUGAGUAAAGAUGCUCAAGUAAAAGCUUUAACACCAAAGUCGAGAGCUAAAGAAGCAGAGAAGAAACAGCUAAGAUCGCCAUCAGCAAGAAGACCUGCCAAUGCCCCGGUGGCAUUUCAAGGGUGGCUGCAUAAGCAGGGUUCUGAAGGCCUGAUGCUAUGGAAGAAGCGGUGGUUCGUUUUGUCUGAAUAUUGCCUGUUCUAUUACAAGGGACUACAAGAGGAGAAAGUUUUAGGUUCUAUUUUACUUCCAUCAUACAAAGUGUCGGUGUGCGGCCCAGACGAUAAAAUCAAUCGAAAAUUUGCAUUUAAAUGUGAACACGCCAAUAUGCGUACAUACAUAUUGGCUGCUGAUUCGCAAGAUCUCAUGAUGCAAUGGAUUCAUGUGCUGAAUCUGGCUUGCAAUCUCCAAAACAACUUAGAACCAUCCAAAGAGCAACAAAUGGCACAAAGCGCGGAACCCAACAGUUACAAAAGUAAUACUCCUGCAGGACAAAUUAACGCAUUUUACGGCAAUCAUAUGAAGGCCAGCCAUGUGCAUGAGCACACAUCUAGUAACAUAACUGAUUUGAGCAACUCUAGUCAGCAAGAGCUGAGCCAAUGCAACCAGCCCCUGUAUGCAAAUGCGCCCCCUAAACCGAGAAGAUUGACUGAUGGAUACUGUUCGCCAGGUCCAGAAAUAUUGGAGACAUACUCAAGCUAUCAAGGAUCAAGAUGUGAUGCCAAAAGCCCCUCGAAUGCUUACCGAAGAUCAUUGAACCCGCAUGAAUACAUUUACAGCGACAGAUUAUUUUUAGGUCCACAGAAUGUUGAUAGGAGAACGCCAGAUACCUACGGCCGGAGCAAUUUAACAAAGUACCGAAACCCUUCGGACUAUGAAGACGUAUAUACUGAGCAAAGCGCUUAUAAACGACCGUUGAGCCCUGUAGCAGCUGACAAUGUGCUCAAAAAGGGAUACCCCACAGUCAAUGUAGGCUACCCUGUAGUAAAGGGCUAUGCUCCGCCUCCUAUUGAUAUGACCUUAAAACCUCACUAUUCAGCUGCAGUUUCAAUGAGAAGAACACCAGUUCCAACCAUAUCCAGGCCGCACAGUGCAGACUUUUUAGAAUAUAAACCUUAUAAAAUUGAAACUGUUCCGUCCGCGGCUCCCGUAUCUCAACAAGCCAGGCCGAAAUCCAGCCUGGAUAUUAACAUGUACUCCAAAGACUGCGGUCCAGUGACCAGGUCCAACAGCUACUAUGUUGAUUCGCAGGAACUUCAAAGAGACAACGAUUACUUUUAUUCCCAAGAAACGUAUGCUGAAAAAAUGAGGAAAAGUGCUCAAUACCUUCAGAAAAUGCCGGUCAACUAUCAUCCCGUCGAUUCUAGUCACAGACAACAUAGAGACAGAUAUAAUUUAGACAUGCCAAAUUCCUAUACAUACAACCAGCCCUUUAGAGAGCAAGAAGCCAAGCUUCAGCCCGUUAGAAGUAGGAGCGCGUUGAGUGAGGGAUCGUUGCUUUGCGCCCAAGACAUCGAAAAUGAUACAAUUUCUCGGGAUUAUGUCUUGGGACCUGAGCAAACUCUUGGUGUUGUGAAAAAUGCAGCUCAAGAUCAGUUUACUAGAUCCGCCAGUGCCCGCCUGUCGCAGAAUAACGCAUUUGAGGAAAAUGUUACCAGAAUUGAAGGAGAGCGAAAGAGAGAAGAAUCAAUGAAAAGGCUGCUGGAGUGGAAACAACGAAUGCUUCAGUCGCCUUUGAACAGAAAAGCGCAAGCUCAAGCCUACCGAGGAUACCCAGUCGGCAAAGAAAAUCCGCAACUGCUUCAAAACUACAAUUCCGACAAAAAGCAGAAAAAAUCUUCAAUUACAAACAGACGUUCUGUGCAUAACUUAGUCCAAUAUAAUAGCUAUUCCUCCGACGAUGAAGAAAAUGGGGAGAAAUCAAGCAAGCACACACAGGCAGGACGGACCAUGGACACAUUUCCGAAUAAUUCUGACUCACUUACACAUGCAUCACUCACUUCUACCACUGCUUUGAACCCCCCUGAUGAGCCUGCUACAUCCACAUCUAUCCCCACUAACCAAGAAGAUGCACUUCCUGAACCUUCUCUUGCACAAAUAUCCAUAUCAGAGGAGUUCACUGAUUCUAUUAUAACAACUGACAUUAGAUCUAGUGGUGCACUGGUACAAGCCAUUCUAUCGGAGUUUCAAAGUCCUGCUGUGAAGAAGCAGCCCAUUUUGGAAGGAAAUUAUGUGCCCAUGUCGCCGAAAAUUAGUGUUUUGCAAUCAAAUUGCGACACCGACACACUUCCAGGCCUUGGCAACGAUUCUGAAGAGAAUCAUUACGUUGAAAUGACAAGGACCAUAGACAGUGUGCUUAUGGAGUCAACGAAUGACUUUGAUUGCAAUGAUCAGCAACAAUAUGAGAUGGUUUGCUUCAGUGGCGAGAAAAUCGAACCGGUUUAUAUGGAAGUUCCGGAGGGUACACAACAGGAUAAUGCGACCGGACAUAAUGAGCUUCCUGAUAUUUUGAAAAGCCCCACUUGCCAGCAAACUCAGGAAAACAAGUCUGAUAGUAGCGAUGCCGAUGACGAAGCUUCGAAAGAUUUAGAUUUGUCUGAAAAUCCGAAUCAUCACAGAUUUAGUCUGUCAGAUACAUUCAGACCAGCAUCUUAUUACUUGGGUGUUAGCAAAACUAUUCCAGAAUUUCAGGAUAGCUCUGACAGUGAAUUGGUGUCGCCGCCUCCUAUACCAGCCAGCUCACCUCCUCUUGAUGACGAUGAUUAUAUUCCCAUUCGCAGCACAAAAGAGAGGCGGAACGUCACUGUUCCUAGAAGAAAUUCCGACCAAUUUUUCAAUAACACUCCGCCUGCUAAGGAAGAUAAAGGAAGCUCUGAUGUGAGAUCGAGCUUCCUGUCCUUGAGAGAUCUAAAAGGUCCAGACACAUCGCUAGAAUGCCAUGACACACUUAGUAGGUUAUCAUCAAACAGCGGGUCGAUUUCCUCUCUAACCGCCAACAGCAGAAUGCCCGUUUCUGAGGAUUUUAGUACUCCUACGGAAUAUGGCGAAGUUCAAGAUAUUAAAAGUGUAGAGAAGUAUUUCGAAAGACUGAAAUUAACAGAAGAAGCAAGGCUAAGCACUUUAGGAGAGGACGGACAUGCAUAUGAGAACUUUUUAAUUGCGAAAAACUCGAUGCGGCCAGAUUUCGCAGAAGUGUCAAACAAUGCCAAUCCCGUUAAAAAGAGAUUUGCAUCUCCAAGCUCCAUUCCGGACGACUGCAGACCUAGAUGUAGACCAGAGAGUAGUUGCUCGGUUUCAGCCGAAAUUAGCAGCUUCUUUGUUAAUUCAAACAGAUCUACUCCAGUUAUUGGUGGCAUGGAUGUUUCCGACCCUCAACUAGAUGCUCCGCAAAUUGUUCCAUACUACUACUCGGAUUUAUCAGGAACCAUUUCUAGUUUAGAAAAUUCCCUGACGUUGAACAAUCAAAGAGAAAGUAUCAAUGGGAGUAAGCGCGAUAUAACUCGCAUAAUUAAUCCCAUCAAAUGUAACAGACAUGAGGAAAGUAGCCUUGAUGACCAUUUUCCAAAUGUUCUAGCAGCGGAAGCACGGUCUGUGUCCGUAGAUUUUCUCAACCUUACUGAUAAAUCCGGAAGCAUAGAUAAGAAAAACAUCUACGAAUCGGACACCCUUAAGAGGCACAAAUCGCAGGACGCUCAACCUCUCACCAACUGUUUACAAUCGAGGAAUUUGUUCUUAAACAGAAAAACUAAUAAGUAUCAUCAAGAAACCAGUAACGAAAACAUGGUUCGAAAGUCCUAUUCCCUAGAAGGACUUCUCGAAAAUGUUCUUAAUGAAAACACCGUGCACGACUCAACCAAUCGAGAAAACUCAGUCUCUGAAGGAAGCUUCUUGUGGGAAGAAGAUUCUGUAUGGCGAGAACAACUGAGGUCAGUGAGUCAAAGACACACCAAAUCUAUGGAUGACUUAGAUACCAUAGAUGUCGAUCAAGACUCUAUUCAUAAGAAACCUACUAGAGCGAUAACUCGGGAAGUAACUUAUGUCAACGAUAUAUUAUUCAAGUCUAACGACUCUGGCACGAAGAAAGCUGCGAAAUCCAAGGUGGAAAUUAAAAAGAAGGGAAGCUUUUUGAUUGAUAGAGAAACAUUGAGACAAUGGGAUCUCAUGUCCAGUGCACCAUCGGAUGAUCAGUUGGUUAAGAUGGGGGAUAGGCAGGGCACUCAGGUUCAUGUGGUGGUAGAUUCGUGUGAAAGUAGUACCGACACUGGCGAUAUUGGAAACUGCCAAGAAACAGGAGACAGUAUUCCUUAUAUGUCUGGAUCAAACCAAGCGCUAGAAACUAACUUGGAAAGGGUUCAAAAGAAAAUCGGCGAUCUCCAGAAGCAAAGGGAAGAACUAAGCCUCCAAGUGAGACAACUUACUGACCGAUCCAGCACGCCGCAUUCGCACCAAAGCAAACAUUCUUCACCCAUUGACCAGCAGGCAUUCAAUAGCAACAAUUAUAAAAAAAGACCAACUUCCUCCUGGAGGGAGACAGACUUGGAUACCAUGAACUCCAUUGAUCAUGGAUAUGAUAGUUACUCUAGCACAUCAACGACACCUCUUUACAUCAAUACAGACAUAAAGCCGCUCGGAUCUUCAGAGUUUCAAGAUCGAAAUCUAAAAACCAGCGAUUCUACUAGCGAUGAUACUGCAUUGUCUUUAAACCCGCUUGAGAAGCAGGAAAUAAAAACGGUUAGAAUCGUCAAGAGAGAAUCGGAACGUAGGCAGCGCGACAGAGAAAAAACUUUUAAUGGAAAAUGUGAUCCUUUGAUGGAAGAAGACGACUCUUCACAAGGGUCGUCCGUGCUCUUCAGACCCACAUCUUUACCGCAUGCUCUACAUUUUGAACACCAUUCUUUGCCUGGCAGGAGUAAUAAGCAAAAGCCCGCAGAGUUGAGUCCUGUAUUCAAAAGUGAAGCUGCCAAGCAAAUUAUUACCGAGGUAUCUAAAAAAAGCCCGACAGUUCAAGGACAGCGGAGGGCGGUUCCGAAAGAACACAGAAGGCACCAUACAGCUCCGCAUGAUAAUUUAGUGAUGCUAGGAACUCUAGAAGGGCGUAGAGCGAGAGACGACUUGGAUAUCGAGCGAGCCUUGAGACAAAGAAUAGACGCUCCAGAUUUGGUGCGAUCAACUCUAAGCAAUAAAGACCUGAAGUACAAUGAAGAAACUAUUGAUAACAUUCUGAGCACCCCCAACAAAAUCUUAAUACCUGAAAGAUACAUUCCGGAACAAAUGCCCCAACCAAGCGUCGAGGAGCAAGAAAAAAGGAACAAGAAGGUGGAGAGCAUCAAGAAAAUGUUAUCCGAUACUGCCAUAAUUAGCGCGCCAGUUGCGUCUAUGCAAAAUAGUAAUAAAUCACAGGACAAAAAGCUAAACACCGGAGGUAAAAGCGCUUCGACUUCCAGCAUUUCCGAAGAAAAAAAACAGCGGGAACAUUUGUUACAGCUAAAUCAAAUUCUUGCCAAACAGGUCAUGGAAAUGAGCAAAGCUGUUGCAGUGAAGAACUUGCAAGCCCUAAAACUUACGCCCCAGCCAGUAAGUACUGAAGAAGAGGACUCUUCGCCAGUAACCCCUUUGCCGUUAUAUCAGCAACGUGAGAACUACUACAGUUAGAAAAUUAAACGACUGCCGACAAUGAGUUAAUUUACCUUGGAAGGAAAUUAUUCAAAAUUUGUUCAAUUAACUUGACUUCCAACCGACUAGCAAAAUGUAGGAUAAAACUGUUUAAGAUAAGAACGUCGUCAUUAAUAUAUCGAAGUUUCUAUAAGUGUUCUGUAGGAGUUCUGGGCAUAAUCAUAAUAUUCCAUGUUUCAACGCUUAUGUCUAUAUUACUAUUAUACUUAGUUAAAUCUUUGUGAGACUGAAAUUCUUAUAUGUAUAUAAGUAUAUUUACGCUAUAGAGCACAUUGAAAUCAAGCGGCAGAUUCUAAAACAUAUCACAUCACUUGGAAGCUACGAAUUAAGAUAUGCGUUAUGUGAUGAGUUUUGAAAUCUAUUCUUUCGGUUAGACCUGCUUUAAAUGCUUAUUACUAAAAUCACAUGUAAAUUCAAAUCUGCCAAAGGUCAACAAAUAAAGUGUUGUCUACAGUUUUAACGAAACUUAGAUAGUCUGAAAGCAUAUUCUAAAUAAAUGUAUGUCGAAUGUAAAACUAAGAUUUAAAAAUAUCUAUUCCAGCUGUCGACCUUAGCAUUUGAUUGAUUUGGAUAUUUUGAUUUGAUUUUAAAUAAUUUCCUGUUGUAGUCGCUAGUAUGUUCAACUUUUACAUGUCGAUAAUGUUUCUAAUUAUACACCGAAAGACACAAAUACUAGGACGAUUUAUAUACGUAUGCUAGUUUGCCAGUGAUUGCAUUUAAUAAUUCGAUCUGAGGGAGUAAUAAUUAUAUCCUCCCUAUUGUUUUUAAUCGUACCUCGGUUGUAAAGUACAAAAUAUUUAUUUUAUUGUUAACCGUUCAUUUAUUUAAUUCAAUUAAGGCGAAUUGUUACGUCAAUUUUCUAGAGGCCUAACGUAUUAAUUUGUAAGGCAAAAUAUACAUUUAAGAUAGGUAUUUAUUAAGAACUGACUCUAGACAAUAAGUCCAAAAUGAUAAUUUAUUGGAGGCACUUUCCAAUCAAUUUUAUCUAUUCGGUGUAAAAAGGAAAAUGAAAAAUAAUGGCAAUAUUAACUCACUCAUUACCGUUGACUGCAGUAAUAUGAAAAAUUGGUUUAAAAUUCAUACACGGUUUUCUUGGCAUAAACAAACAUUUUCAAUGUAAUACCAGCAAUAAAGAAACUGCUCUAGAAAUAAAUAUUCCAUAUGGACUGUUAUUUACUAAUGAUGAUAAUAUGAAAUGUAUAUUACAAAAUUCUUGUUUUGAAAGCGUUAUUAAAAAGGCUUGAUGAGGUUGGUGAUUUUUUCAGGCUCUUGGGCUGUUGUGGAAAAUAUGUUUUUCUUGACGUUUUACUAGUACGAGUCGCUCGCAUUCUCAGAGGUGUAUCUCUUGAAGGCACAUGAUUGAUGAGCUAAGAAUGAAUGGCGCUUGGAGAGAAACAUCUUUGAGGAUUCGGGUUAUUCGCGCUUGUUAAACGUCACGAUGAAAUUAUUUUGCACGAUUGCCUAAAAGUCCGAAACACUCGCCAAUUUCUAUUGAAUUUGAAUCAACAAUAUGGCAACUAAUGUUCCUGAUUUUUAUGAUUAUAUGUACUUACAAGCUGAAACACGAGUGAAAUACUACUAUAACAGUCCAUUAUAUUCGAAGUAGCCUUUUACACUCAUGCAAUGAAUAGUGCUCAUAACAUGUGCUUGAUGAUAAAUCAAUCAAAUAUUAGAAUUUCCAUAUAAAUUUGGUAAGCAUGCACAAUCGAAGUGCAAGUAUGUACUUUGAAAACUUCGAAAGUUUACAAAUAAUGUUAAUCGUUGUUACAUGUGUGAUGUAAAACACUAUGGCUAUAAAAUAAUUGUUAUUGUUGAGGUUUGUAAAUAAUAGAUCUAAUAUAUUUUAAGUUCGUAAUUAAGGAACGUUCUUUGUAUAUAGAUAUUAAAUAAACUAUUGUAAAAAUCAAAUAUGUAUGUAUAUAAUUUUUGUAGACCAGAAAUGUGGAAAUACAGUGGCAUUUCAAAAAUUA